AUGAAUGAUAGCGCUGCGGGCCCCAGCAAGUCUCAGCUUGGAGAAUUGAGUCAGCGUGCCUGCGUAGAAUCUAGAACAACAGGCACUUCAGUGGAAUUUGGGAAGGGCACGUCCCCUGUCCUGUCACCAAUCCUGGUGCUUCAUCGUCCUUUAAAAUCCAAAUGGGGUGAUCAGGUGUUCUUCUUCUGUGUCCUCUGGUCUUCUAGCAUCCUGGAUAGGCCACGGAUGUUUAGAAAGAGUGACUCCACCCUGCCCCAGCCUAAGAUGAUGGCUCAUUUAUCAAGACCAGGCUGGAGGCUCAGCCACCAGAGCUUCUGUUGUUUGGGAGGAAGGCUGCCAGCAGCAGAUGUUUGUCCUCGCCUCAGCUCCCUGCAGCCUUUGAGCUCCAUCUGCCGCGCACUCAGGCACAGCUGCCAGUGUUUCCCCUCCGUACUCACCUUUCACCUCUCACGGAGGCCAGGGCUUCAUGUACCUGGGCCCAAAAGGGAGAUGGCGGCCCAGACCGUGCGACUCUGGUGCCACGAUCCUUCCCAGCAGCUCGCUGGGCAUCUUUCUGCACUAGCCUGCCAGCAUGCUGGAAGCAGCUCCAGUCGAGGUUGUUGA